ACUUCACACUACACCUUUUACUCCCAAUACCUGCACUCACAAGUACAUCAUCCGUCACAAACCCUUCGGUGGUAUAGCCCCCCCCCUCCAUACCAUCAACCAAACAAAACAUUCAUCACCCGCAUCCCAAUACCCCAAUCUGAGCUCUCAAGAUGGCAACGAGAUGUCUGCUUCCGCAGCCAUGCCGCAGCCAUGCCGCAUCCCCCCAAGCGCCAAUGCGCAAGAACAGGGCCAGCAUCUUCUGGUCAUGCUGCUGGCGUUUGGAGGAGAAGAAACUCUCCACUUGCGUCACCACACCAGCAUCGUCGAGAACACACUCGGUUCGGUCCGGUGUUAGUCUGGGCAUCUGGGAAAAUCUUCCCGGAGCCUUUACCUCCCAGGUCCAAACGGGACCGAGGAGAGGAAGCUCUGCUCCUGGCAGUCAGAGACUGCCCGCCGACCCGAAGGCAGAUUACUGCCUGGGUCUGGUGAAGAGGGAGGAGGCGGCAGGUUACUGCCAGGGUCUGGUGAAGCGGCAGGGGAAGCGCCCCAUGAGGCCGGGGCCCAAGAAGCCUGCGAAGCGUGGUCGGAUAGAGCCGGAGCAGGCGAUCGGGCUGGGGCCCGAGGACUUGCCGGGGCUGCCUAUGGGGCUGUUGCAGCAGCGACUGGGAGAGCCCGAUGAGGCUGGCGUGCAAGGGGGAGGAGAAGGAGGGCCAUAUGGGGCCGGAGGAGGGGGGGGGGGGGGGGGCAUGGGGCCGGUGCGGAAGGAGGAGGAGGAGGAGGGCCAUAUGGGGCCGGUGCACAACACGCAAGACCAUCCGAUGGGGCCGGCUUCGAGGGAAAGGAAGGAUCCAUGGAUGAUGGGGUCGGUGGCCAAGAAAGAAAAACUCGAUUCCUAUCGGGCCGCCGCACGAGGAAGCGCCGCCGACGACGACGAUAAAAGAAGCAGAGCGGUCGUAGCGGAUAAUUCGAAUCGAUAA